AUGGCAGCUCUAGCCACCUCAGCCCCGCGCUGGCUCGCGUGCCUAGCUGUCUGCGCUGCGCUCCAGGCGCCGACGACCGGACGCGCACGAACCGCGAGCGUCCGCGCCGCGGCGCGCGACGGCACGAGCGACGUCGUCGUCGUCGGCAGCGGCAUCGGCGGCCUGUCGGCGGCGGCGCUGCUGGCCAAGUACGGCUACAGCGUGACGGUCUGCGAGAGCCACGACCGCAUCGGCGGCUGCGCCCACGGCUUCGAGCGGCGCACCGCGGCCGGGUCGUUCCACUUCGACAGCGGGCCGUCCCUCUUCUCGGGCUGCAGCGCGCCGUCGUCGAACCCGCUGCGCCAGGUGCUUGACGCCGUCGGCGAGACGCCCGAGUGGGCGUCCUACGACGAGUGGGUCAUGUACCUGCCCGAGGGCGAGUUCCGCACGAGGAGCGGCGACCGCGCGGCCUUCGAGGCCGAGCUCCGGCGGCUCGGCGGCGCGUCCGCCGCCGCGGACUGGCGGCGGUUGCUCGCGGCGAACGAGGCGUUGGCCGAGGUCGUCGGCGGCGUGCCGCCCAUCGCGCUCCGGGCAGACCCGGGCGCGGCGGCGACGGCGCUCGCGCCCUACGCGCCCAAGCUGGACCCCGCGCUCAUGGCGCGCUUCGGGCUCGAGCUCCUCACCAAGGGCAUCGACCCGUCCGGCCCGUUCUCCAGGGUCUUGGACGCCGCGAACGUCCCGCCGACGUCGCUCGUCUACCGCUGGUUCGACUUCCUCGCCUUCGCGCUGUCGGGCCUGCCCGUGACGGAGACGUCGGCCGCGGCCGUGAGCUUCAUGAUCAAGGAGUUCUUCGCCGACGGCGCGGUCAUGGACGCGCCCCUCGGCGGCUCGCCGGCCAUCGCCGACGCGCUGGCGCGGGCCGUGACGUCGCGCGGCGGCGAGGUGCUCACGCGGGCCCACGUCGACGAGUUCGUGAUGGAGGACGGCGCGUGCGUCGGGUGCCGCUUGCGGGACGGGUCCGUGCGCCGCGCGCGCGAGGCCGUCGUCUCGAACGCGCCCGUCUGGCAGACGCUGAAUCUGGUGCCCGCGGCCGCGCGGCCGCCGCGGCUCGAGGGCACGUGCCUCGACGCGGCGAACACGCCGAUGACGGGGUCGUUCCUCCACCUGCACGUGGGCUUCGACGCGGCGGGGCUCCCGGAGGACCUCGGCGUGCACCACAUCGUCGUCGCCGACUGGGACGAGCCCAUCGACGCCCGGGACAACUGCGUCUUCGUCGCGAUCCCGUCGACGCUCGACGGCGGCGCCGCGCCGGACGGGCAUCACGUGCUCCACGCGUACCUGCCCGCGACGGAGCCCUACGCGGACUGGGCGGGCCUCGACCGCGCCUCCGCCGAGUACAAGGCGAAGAAGGAGGCGCGGGCCGAGGUGCUCUGGAAAGCCGUGGAGCGGUUCAUCCCCGACAUCCGGCGGCGCGCCGUCGUCUCGAGCGUCGGCACGCCGCUCACGCACGAGCGGUUCCUGCGGCGCGAGGGCGGCACCUUCGGCCCGGCCUUCAAGGCCGGCGACCGGGCCUUCCCGGGCCACAAAGCGCCCGUCGACGGCCUCUUCUGCUGCGGCGACUCCACGUUCCCGGGCAUCGGCGUCCCCGCCGUCGCGGGCUCGGGCAUCGCCGUCGCCCACGCGAUCGCGCCCGUGGGGAAGCACCUCGCGCUCCUCUCGGAGAUGCGCCGGGCCGGGACCCUCGCGUGA